AUGCAUAUUUCAUCAAUUACUUCUGAUAUAACCAAACACCUGUCUACUUUACGGAUGAAUUCGACAUCUUUUCGACGUCAAAGCUCAAGUGAUAAGUCUAUAACAAUAUCUACACAGACACUCAAGGAAUCUUCAGAUGGUCUGUCUAACAUCCAAAACCAAGAAACGUUAGAUACUUUUGUGCCAUUAACUUUGGAAGCAAUAAAUAGUGCCUCGUCGGAUCCUUUUGAUCCUUCUUCAUAUCCUGCAGAACUUAUAGAUCCAGGGUUGGAAAUGAUCAGAGUUACCCGACGCAAACAUGUCCAUCGGCUUUUCAAAUUAAAUCUACCAUCAUUGACGCUAACAUGGAAUUCAAAAGCUAGCUCUAAAAUAGAAAUGGAUAACAUCCAGAGUAUUAGAGUGGGCAGUGAUGCCAAAAGUUACAGGGAAGAGUUCAAUAUCCCUUCAGAUUAUAACGAUCUUUGGAUAACAGUUAUAUAUCGGACUAAAAACUUGACAGCAGGAUCUCUAUCAAAUGAUCUAAAAGCACUACAUAUGAUUGCCACAUCUAAGAGAAAUCUGGAAAUUAUGAUAAACACGUUGACGGUAUUGUCAACAUGGGUUAAGAAUCAAGAAAGUUUAAUAAAUUGUGCUGAUGUAAAUGGGUUUUCUGUGGGGAAGUGGAACAACAGAAUAAAAAAGGUAAAUCGCCAGCAUAUGAGUUUUGAUGAUUUAAUUAAGCUAACUUCGGAACUAAAUGUAAACAUGAAUCAGUCCUAUUUACGCCAGUAUUUUGAUGAAUGUGAUAAGGAAAAAAAAGGAGUUUUAAGUUUUGGUGAAUUUCAAGAGUUCGUUACGAAACUAAGGAACCGAAAAGAAGUGGACGAAAUUUUAGCUCAUUGUGGUGCUGCUAAUGGUAAACUGCAUUUGGAACAGUUUAAGCAGUUUAUUACUAAGAUUCAAAAUGAGGAUUUUGAUGAAAGGUUUAUUGGGUAUCUAUUCAAAAAGUACUCAUACAAGGGAGAGGGUGAAUUCAUGAAUCAAGCAAAUUUGAUCAAUUAUUUGAAUAGUGUUUUUAAUGGUCCAUUGAUUAGUGAAUAUAGAACCCACAGUGAUUAUUACUCACACCCACUAACUGAUUAUUAUAUUUCAACUUCUCAUAAUACUUAUCUCUUAGGAAAACAAGUACAUGGUAACUCGUCCAUAGAAGGGUAUAUUCAUGCUUUGCAACGUGGCUGUAGGUGUGUUGAAAUAGAUGUAUGGAACAACGAUGAUAAUCAUCCAAUAGUGACACAUGGAAGAACGCUAACAACUUCUAUAGAUUUUGAAUUGGUAAUUGACACUAUUCGAAAAUAUGCAUUCAUUGCAACACCUUUUCCUUUGAUUAUAUCUCUUGAAAUUCGAUGUUCGAAGGAAGCGCAACAAAGAUGUGUGACCGUUAUGAAAAAUACUUUUGGGGAUAUGCUGUUAUGUGAACCAUUAUCAGAAAUUAACAUACUUCCUUCACCCCAGGAUUUAAAGCAUAAGAUUCUGAUAAAGGUAAAAAAAUCAAAGCAAACUACCAUUGUUGAAACUUCUUCAAGUGCCAUUCACUCUUCAUUUUCUACAUCGUCAACCCAGAGUGAAGACUUGACUGCAUCUGCUCACAGCGAUGACUCAACGACUAUUGUGUUGAAGAAAAUUGUCCCCAAACCAACCAGGCCUACAAUUAUACCUGAACUUUCAAUCCUUGCGCCAUAUUUUGUCGGUAUACGGUUCAGGAACUUUUCAUUACCAGAAUCGAAAACGUUCAACCAUGUACUUUCAUUUAGUGAUCGAUCGCUCCUCUCUUUGCUAAAAGAUCAGUUUAAACUAAAUGCAAUUGUAAAACACAAUAAACGAGGAAUGAUGAGAAUUUACCCAUCAGUUGUUAGGUUUAAGUCAGAUAACUUCAAUCCGAUCAGGUUCUGGGAAGUAGGCUGCCAAAUGGUGGCCACCAAUUGGCAAAUUUGGGACUGCGGUCAAGAAAUAUCGGAAUCUUUAUUUAGGCCUUUGAGUACCAGUUCGGGAAUUGGAUAUUCUGGAUAUAGACUAAAACCUGAAAUUUUGAGAAGACCAACUGCAGCUAAUAACAAAGAGCUAAUCAAAAUCGAAAACUUAAAAGCAUUGCAGUUUACGAUUCUUAAGAAGCUUGAUAUAUUGAUACUUUCAGGUCAACAAUUGCCAAAGCCGAAGGAGUUAAUAUUAUCCUUAAACGGUUAUACCCCGUGGGUAGAAAUUGAAGUUUAUAAUGUUAAGCCAGUUGAAGGCAAAAUUUUACAUCACAAAUCAGCUAGCAGAUCAUUUUCUUUAGAUGAUGAACUUUCUAGCGAUUCACCAAUUGCUCAUGUUGAAGAGUAUGAUAAAGAUAUUGGUACGAUUAGAACCAAUCAUUCCGAUGAUUUUAGCUCCCUUUCUGAAUAUAGUCUUUGUUUCAAAACAAGACUAGCUGAAAAUAAAGAUAACGCAUUCAAUCCAAUAUGGAACGUAUUAUGCCGGUUAAGUUACUUUGCCAAUGCAAUAGACUUGUCAUUUAUCAGAAUAGUCGUUAAAACAAAUAGAGUCAAUAAGACUAAUGUCAUAAGUAAGGUGGGUAAUGCGGUUGUUAAGAACACAUCUGAUUAUACCGUAGGUAGUUGGUGUUGUAAAAUUGGAGAUAUGAAGGAGGGCUACAGACAAAUCCGAUUGGUUGAUAAUAAAGGAGAUGAAUUAAUCCAUUCGAGCUUAUUACUGAAGAUUUCUAAGGACUAG